ACACUCACUGGAACACCUCGCGGACGCUGCAGAGAGAGAGAGUGGGAGAGAGAGAGAGAGAGAGACCGAGGGGAAGAGAGAGAGAGAGAGAGAAGAGAAAGAGGGGACGCUGUUGAUCCAUUCAUUCGCCCGCAGGGAGUGUUACUGUGUGUUUGUGUUUUUUUACCGACCUGAGUAGUCAUUAACGGGAAUUAAGGACUAUUUCUGCACCAAAGAGGGACGGGCACAGUGUCCGAGAUUUUUCUUUUUGAAAAAGCUUCCAAAAUCGUCCUCCCCCGGCCCCCCCCCCGCCCCCCCCCCCCCCUCCCCCUCUUAUGUUCUUCGCAUCCCUCCCUCCCUCCUCGAUCUCCUCUUCCGCUUCUUUAAAGGGGCCCGAGAGUCGCCGCGCGCUCCGCAGGGUGCCUUCCACCGCUUGUUAUAUUGUUUUAUUUUUUGUUGUUGUUGUUUUGUUGACAGCUCACGAGCUUCUCUGCCCCCUGUGUCUGCUGCGCGCUCGCGAGCAGAGUGCGCGAGGAACCCCCCGCGGGGGAGCUGUCCGGUGCUGAAGUUGAAUUCCUCACCCUCUCUGCACAAGGACUACAGCAGGGAGACGGAACACUCAAGAGAAUUAAGAACUGAGCCGCGGUUGAACUAUUUUACCGGAUCCACUCGCAGAGCGCGCUUCCUCCCCAAAACCUGAAGACGUCGUCCUCCCACUCUCCCGUCCUGCUGGUGUGUAACGGGCGAAUCAGCACGCUGGCCAGGCCGUCGGGAAGCGGCUGUGUUUGUGAGAGUGUGUCGUUGUGUUGGUGAGCGCGUCGCACCACCAUGCCAAGGUCUUUCCUGGUGAAAAAGGUGAAACUAGAUGAUUUCGCCGGAGCGGAUUUGGAGAACGUCUACCGGCACAGGACAGGCCUCAGCCUGCGGCUGCAUGACAAAGCUCGAUACAUCAGUGACUACAUCAGCCCUGUUGUGUACGAUGGUGAGAGUGACGGUGGGAUCAAAGUGCCCUCCCCAGACCCCAUUUACGAUGGUAUCCACAGUGACUAUGGGGCCCCUGACUCCGAGUCCCCUGACAGUCCCAGUUCAGAAAUCACCGACGGCUACAUCAACGGAGAUGCUGCCGUGAGUGAGGGUUACACAGUCGAUGCCUUCUUCAUCACCGAUGGCCGCUCCAGGAGGAAAGCUAUCAGCAGUCCCAGGGCCAUCCAGAGGCACACCUGCAACGAGUGCGGCAAAACCUACGCCACGUCUUCCAACCUGAGCCGGCACAAACAGACACACCGCUCGCUGGAUAGCAAGCUGGCGAAGAAAUGUCCGACGUGCAGUAAGGUGUACGUGUCCAUGCCCGCCAUGGCCAUGCACCUGCUCACUCACGACUUGAAGCACAAGUGUGACGUGUGUGGGAAGGCGUUCAGUCGACCGUGGCUUUUGCAGGGCCACAUGCGCUCUCACACAGGCGAGAAGCCUUUCGGCUGCGCCCAAUGCGGGAAGGCCUUCGCAGACCGCUCCAACCUGCGCGCUCACAUGCAGACCCACUCGGCCUUCAAGCACUUCAAGUGUAAACGCUGCAACAAGACCUUCGCGCUCAAGAGUUACCUGAACAAGCACUAUGAGUCUGCCUGUUUCAAAGGCCCCUUCUCUCCUCUCGGCCCCCUAGAUGCAUGACCCCCCCGCAUAGAUAAAACAGCAGACAAAACUGCAGACAUAAAUUACCAUUAUCCUUACAGACUGAACUGCAGUCACAAACAAUCUAUUUUUGGUCAGAAUGUGACCUUGCUCUCCCUCGCCCCCCCACUCUCUCACCUGCCCCCCACCUUGCUUUCCCUUGGAGCCUGUUCAUAACGAUGACGAUAGCACAAUUUUUCUCCUUGAGAUUUGCCCACUUAAGGAUUUAACUGAUCUACGCAUGCAACUUCCUCAAAAACUCUCCACCUCCUCCUUCUCUGACUGUUCUGGAUGGAGACAAUAAUACUUACACGGCUUCCUUCUGGCAAUUAGAGACAGUACGGCAUCCUAUAUUUUGAGACACUGAUGAUGAUAAUGAUGAUGAUGAUGAAGAUGAAGAUGGCGACAAAGACAAUAGUAAGCCUAUAGCUACUGGGUUCCUCCUUGCACUGAAAAGCAGUGAAAGAGUUUUUUUUCUUUUCAUUUUGUUUUCUAGGGGAAUAAUUAUAGUAAUAAUGAUGAUAAUAAUAAUGUUCUGCUGCACCAAGUGACCAUAUUCUCUCCACUACUGAGGUACAAAUACUAUUUAUUUAUUUACUUAUUUUCGCAUUGCUUUCUUCUUUUUUAUCUGUUGUAUGUUUAUACUUGAUUUGAUAAUAACGAAAUGAUACCGUUAAUUUAUUUGUUGCACUUUAAUUUCUUUAUAUGUAUGUAGGAUAAUUGCCAACCUCUUUCUAUCAGUACAGGCCAAAGCAUAUGUCACUUUUUUUUUAGUACUAUUUUUCUUAAUACGUUUGUUUUUUUUUCUUCUUCUUAACGUUAUUGCAUGCAAAAAAAAAGAAAAGAAAUCUAUGCCAACAUCAUAAAAGCUUAUGAUUUUUGCCAAAUUCCUAUAGAUAGAACCUGAGGGCAAUAUUUUUCUCUUGGAGCCUCCGUAGGACUCUUUAAAAGCAAUAAUCACCUAAUGCAUGGUAUUUUAUGAUGAAGUUAUGAAGUAUUACCAUACUGUAUAGCAGUUAAAAUCAGGUAUGUUUUACUUCACCUAUAGUCAUGAACAGAAGAAUACUAAUAUUACAGACAUCAGGGAACAUGCCAAUGUAGUGUUAGAGAAACAAAAAGAAAAGUCCUGUCUUUCCUCUCUUGUUAUGCACUGCCUGCCUCUUAGUGAGUAGAACUAAUGUAGGAUGUAGGCUAGAGAGGCUGGGAUCAGCUGCCUGCUGGGUGUGAGGCCUAUUGUAGGACUAUAACCCUGACAGACCCGUGCUUGGCUAAUUCUAGCAUGAAAUAAGCUUGCUAACAAUAACCAGGGGAGGCCUAACUUAGGCCUCUCACCAUUUUACUGGAUUGGAUCAUUGGCCAUUCAUGAGAGAUUAAGGGUUCAUCAAGGGUCUGGCAUGUUAAAAUGGGACCUGUUGAAAACACAUCUUCUGAUACAAAGAAAUGAUCAAAUAAGGUCAAUACAGCAAUCAGAUCCGAAUUUGACACGAAAGUAAGCAUACGGUACCUAGACACUCUCAGUAUGAUUUCGAUAGAAAACCAAGUCAAAGUUGGGUCCAUUGUUGAAGUUGGACUUUAAAUGCACUGCAUUAUUCAACUCCUCUUCCAGUGCACUUCCAAACCAUAAAGUGUGCAUUCUUAAAGCACAGGAAAAGCAUGCACUUUAGCUGGAUGGUCCGAUUGCAGCUUAACUGUUACAGUCCAAUAGAUACAUUAGGCCAAGUCCUGAUUAUUCUGCAGUAGGCCCCAUUUAGCCCUACUGGGCUGACCAUGAUAAUAAUUCUACAGGUGAUGUACCUACCGGCUCUCUCUCAUUAACCUGAACCCACAGAUACGUUUUUAUCUAGGUGGCCAAUACCAGUGUUGCUGAACCCAGUUCUCUGCAGCUCAGAAACCUUUUCUACAGACUCAUGGAGCUUCCUGAGAGACAGACUGACACAGAUCCGCACAAAACAUAAAGUGUUUGUUUAUAUGCCAUAUGUAUUCAUUGUAACUUUGCAUAGAAACACAUGGGCACAAGUGCAUCAGUUCAUGCACACAAGCAAGCACACAGUGAGCGAUACACAAGGAGAAUCUGACUACAGUCAAUUGAAAUUAAAUUGGUUUAAUAUUCAGAUGUGAAUCCCUGACAAAAGAAGUUUGGAUAAUUGCAAUGCAUCCUCAGGCAUGAGAUUAGUGAUAUCCAACACCAUUUAGGGUUUCAGGGACAAAAGGAGAGUCUGCUCUGAUACGUGGAGCCAGAAUCUAAUUUCAUUUACAUCUCAGAGAUAAAGUUAAAGGACCUGUAUGAAAUCAAAGGCUGUCAGAUCUAUAGUCUGAAGUCAAAAAGUCAACAUUUUGUUUUGAAAGUCUUGUUGCAGGAGUCGAUACAAUCUUUAAGUCUUUCACAAAGCAUCUUUUUUUAAUGUGGCUUACAAGUCAGUGAGAAAGAGGCAGUUUUUGUUGUGACUGGAGCAACAUCAGUAUGCAAGUCAGCACAUUACAGGUCUUAUUUCUCUUAUUGAUGUGUGAACUAGAUUUGAGCUGCAAUAACUUGAAUUGUAUCAGACCAUUAGUUACAAAGCUUCCACUUUUUCUGAUUUUAAACUCUUUGCCAAAAUACUCUACACAUAAGAGUGGGUAAAAAACAUAACAUUUGGUGCUUUAACACUUACAAGUUCGACACAAAUACAAUCCCAGAUCAAAAGCACAAGUUUGGCAAAGAACACAACAGCAUUACAAUAUUUCUCAUGCUAGAGAUAUAAAUAAGAAUAUGCUAUUAUUUUAACCACCAACUCUAACAUCUUAUUAUUAUCAUUUCCAUCUGAAUGAGAAAAAACCGUAAUAACACAAUUUCUACUACAACAAACCACCGAGUCUCUCUGACAGCUCUCUGUUUAGGCAUCACAAAUUGUAUUUGUGUCGUAUUGUGUUUUAAAACUCUCUGCAACUUUGCACUGCAGCCUAAACGUCUUAAGGGUAUUAGGCUGAAGUUGUUGUUGUGGCUGUCUGGUGGUUUUGGGAUAGAAAAGGUGUGUGUGUGUGUGUGUGUGUGUGUGCGUCUGUCUGACUGUGUGUCUGUCUCUGGGUGAGCUCCAGGUCUGUUCUCUCGAAGCACUUCCAUUCUAGUCAUCUCCACCUUAAAGAAAGUAGCACAAUGAAACUAACUAGAAUUCAGGUAGAGAAGAAUUAAAAACCUUGUACUAGCUUGACCUCUCUUCUUUUUUUGUAUUUCCAAGUUACGGAAUGAUGAUAACCUAAAUAAUAAUUUAUUGCAGGAGGGUUUGUAAAGAAUCCUUUGGAUUGAGACAUUUUUACUGCUGUAUAGCGAUAUCUAACACACCUUAUUCUCAAGAGGUUUGGCUCUCAGUUGCAGAGACAGGAUCUCUUGGGUUUUUUGAGCCAGAAUUCAGACAAUGUAAGCACAAUGAACACAAAGCAUUUUGUGGCACUUCAUAAUAAAGAAUAAUCUUAACCAACCAGGGC